AUGUCUGUUACUCGGCUACUUGCCGAGGAUGCUAAUUUGGAGCCAAAGAGGCCUAGAACAGAAAUCCAAUCGAUUAUGCGCUUCUCGGACCAAGAUAAGAUCGAAACCAUCCAACCCCACGAUGAUACUUUGGUGGUUACACUCAAGAUUAAGGGCUACGAUGUGAGGAGGGUGUUGGUAGACCAGGGCAGUGGUGCUGAGAUUAUGUACCCCGACCUGUAUAAGGGGCUAAAUUUGAGGCCUGAGGACCUAAUAUUCUACAAUCCCCCUCUGGUGAGUUUUGAUGGGAAGACUGUCAUCUUGAGGGGUAUGAUAAGACUACCCGUGCAAGCUAGUUCAGAGGUGGUGGAGGUAAAUUUCAUCGUGGUGGAUGCUUAUUCCCCCAACAUGGCCAUUGUAGCUAGACCCUGGCUUCAUGCCCUGGAGGCCGUCUCUUCCACUCUGUACCAGAAGGUGAAAGUUCCGUCGGGGGGUCGCAUUGAAGAAAUCGUGGGGAGUCAAUCCACAGCCAAGCAUUGCCUAGUGGCUGUCAUCUUACAUCAACCUGAAGUUGAGUCCUCAACCUCUGCUGGAGGGGGCUUAUAG